CAGCGGAGGCACAAGGAAGAGAGGAAAGCAAGCAGGAUCGUCGCUGAAAUGGCCUCCAAACUUGUGGAUCUGGUGUAUUGGCGGAAAAUGAGGAGGACCGGCGUGGUGUUCACGGGGCUGGUGAUCAGUCUGGCCAGUCUGUUCCAGCUCAGUGCCAUCACCGUAAUCUCCCACAUCUGUCUGGGUGUCAUGUGUGUCACCUUCACCCUCCGUUUUUACUAUAAACUGCUGGAGCUGCUGCGUUGGAACCCCGGGGUGCACCCCUUCCAGUCGUACCUGGAUUAUGACGGCUCUCUGACAGAUAAGGAGACAGUGAUGCUGGUGGAGGAGGUGGUGCUGCUGAUCGCAUUUGCCGUCACAGAGCUCAAACGCCUGCUUUUCAUCGAAAGCAUGAUCGACUCUAUUAAGUUUGUAGUGCUCCUGUAUCUGCUGACCUAUGUGGGUGUCGAAACCAGCGGGCUGACUCUGAUCAUAACAGCUGUGAUCGUUGUUUUCUCCCUUCCUCUUUUGUACAAAAAGCAGCAGGUGCGGAUAAGGAGGGUGGUUAGAGCGCUCAAAGCUUUUGUAAAGAAAAUCAAGAACCUGUGCCUUAGUCUGUAUGAGACAGUGAGACCCCCUCCCGCCCCUGCAACCGCCCCGAAAUCGACACUCAUAGCUGCACCUGCCCCCAAACAGAAAGCCAAGUCAAAGUAACUUUGAGGUAACGUGUUAAAAGCACCCGGAAUUUGAGAUUUGGAAAAUGUUGGGAUGGUUCAUCCUCUGAGGGGCCGCUUUGAGGGGCAGCUCAUUUCCAUUUCGCCGCCAUGAUGUUUGUUUAUGGGAGCAAUAUUUAAUUCGUCCUGACAGCUGAAACAAAGCUGCCAUUCACUCGAAGAGAAGGAGUGGAGGUGCAUGAGAAGAAUAAUUUUAUUUACUGAGAUGCUCUCUGUGGGCAGCGUUUAACAUAAGCAGUUCACGCAGUCGUCUGCUCCGAGCAGGGACUGACUGUUUUUUUUUUUUGUCUUCGAUAACAGGUCUAUUUUUACAUAAGCAGUGAGCUCCAUGUUCCUGCUGAGCUGCAGAAUUAUUCAUAACGAAGCAGUGGAGCGUUGUUGCUGCUCUCAUUAUGUAGCAUCAUAAAUUGUUAGCUGGAUGGAAUAAAUAUGACAUGAACAUCACCUACCAUUAAUUAACAUGAAAGGUUUUGCGCUUGCUAUGCCAAAGUAUUAGGAAAAGCUUUUUAAGCAGCAACUCAGUACAACUUCUAUGAGACUUCUAUGAGAAAUAAUGAGAGCGAUGUCCUCUGCUCUUCAUGCUAAUUGCAUUUAAUCAGUUGCAAACAGAGACUUCCAGCUGCUCUUGGGGCAGUUCAGUGAUUAAAGGUACACACUGCUGCACCAAAACAACAUGUGAGAGCAACUUCAACCAUCCUGCAGUAACUCAAGCUGAAUUUGGACUGAUUAAUGUCACAAAAAGACACCACUUAAGCACAAAACAGCAGCAGUUUGUACUGCGCAGAUAAGACAGCCUUAUCUCUGCUCUCAUAUUUGCAAUUAAUUUAU